AUGGAAGGUCAGCUGUUGUGUAAUCGCCUCUCUCUGGCACCCGUAUCCAUGGCGAUGAUGAUGAUGCUAUAACUUUAUCACAGAACAUCUGCAAGCUUGGCAGUGGAGUAAACAGAGGUGGUUUACCAGGUACCUCUCACUGAGCUAGUUGGGUAAUUGAUUCAUCAAAUGAAAAGAUGGUCUGUCGACAUGGUCUGACAGACCAGAAGGGGUUCAGGAAGGGACCACAUAGCAGAGGAAGUUCCUUUACAAUGGGAAGUUGACGCCCAUCUCUGGGUGAACAGGAAGCGGAAAUAAUUAAGUUACCUCUGGUUUGUGCAGCCAUUCCUAUGGGGAAAAUUGAUGUGGAAAGAAUAGGGUUUGGGAUAAACGCAGAAAAUAACGUCUGAGGUUAACAUUUUACAUUUACGUUUUAGUCAUUUAGCAGACGCUCUUAUCCAGAGAAAAUAGGGUUAAGUGCCUUGCCGUAAAUAAAUAAAGAAAGAAAAUUGUGCCUGGUUUGCUUAAUAUAAGGAAUGUUUAAUUAUUUGUACUUUUACUUUUACUUUUGAUACUUCAGUAUAUUUUAGCAGCUACAUUAACUUUUGAUACUUAAGUAUAUUUAAAACCAAAUACUUUUAGACUUUUACUCAAGUAGUAUUUUACUGGGUGACUGGGUGUUUUUUUUGCCAAUAGCACAUUUUUACAAUUACAGUACAAUGAAUGCAAUGUUAUGACCAGGUUCAGGAUAUUUUGAAAUUGAUUCUCAAUCGUUGCCAUGCACGCCUCCAACUCAAUCAUCAAGUUUGCAGACGACAAAACAGUAGUAGGCUUGAUUACCAACAACGAUGAGACAGCCUACAGGGAGGAGGUGAGGGCUCUCGGAGUGUGGUGUCAGAAAAAUAACCUCUCACUCAAUGUCAAAAAAACAAAGGAGAUGAUUGUGGACUUCAGGAAACAGCAGAGGGAGUACCCCCCUAUCCACAUCGACGGGACAGCAAUGGAGAAUAGUCCCCUGUAGCUCAGUUGGUAGAGCAUGGCGCUUGCAACGCCAAGGUUGUGGGUUCGUUUCCCACGGGGGGCCAGUAUGAAAAUUUAUGCACUGACUAACUGUAAGUCGCUCUGGAUAAGAGCGUCUGCUAAAUGACUAAAAUGUAAAUGUAAAAUGAGAACUUGGAAAGUUUUAAGUUCCUCGGCGUACAUAUCACUGACAAACUGAAAUGGUCCACCCACACAGACAGUGUGGUGAAGAAGGCGCAACAGCGUCUCUUCAACCUCAGGAGGCUGAAGAAAUUUGGCCUGUCACCUAAAACCCUCACAAACUUUUACAGAUGCACAAUAUGGAGCAUCCUGUUGGGCUGUAUCACCGCCUGGUACGGCAACUGCACAACCCACAACCGCAGGGCUCUCCAGAGGGUGGUGUGGUCUGCACAACGCAUCACCGGGGGCAAACUACCUGCCCUCCAGGACACCUACAACACCCGAUGUCACAGGAAGGCCAAAUAGAUAAUCAAGGACAACUAUCACCCGAGCCACUGCCUGUUCACCCCGCUAUCAUCCAGAAGGCGAGGACAGUACAGGUGCAUCAAAGCUGGGACCGAGAGACUGAAAAACAGCUUCUAUCUCAAGGCCAUCAGACUGUUAAACAGCCAUCACUAGCACAGAGAGGCUGCUGCCUACAUACAGACUUGAAAAUCACUGGCCACUUUAAUAAAUGGAACACUAGUCACUUUAAUAAUGCCACUUUAAUGUUUACAUAUUUUGUAUUACACAUCUCAUAUGUAUAUACUGUAUUCUAUACUAUCUAUUGCAUCUUAGACUAUGCCACUCUGAGAAUGAUAAUGACAUUGCUCAUCCAUGUAUUUAUAUAUCCUUAUUCCAUUCCUUUACUUAGAUUUUUGUGUAUUAGGUUUUUGUUGUAGAACUGUUAGUUAGUACUUGCUAGAUAUUGCUGCACUGUCGGAACUAGAAGCACAAGCAUUUCGCUACACUCGCAAUAACAUCUGCUAACCAUGUGUAUGUGACCAAUACAUUUUAUUUUAUUUGAUCUUUAAUAUGUUUUUGUUUUGUCGAAUAGUCUUUCUCAUCACAGGAAAGAUAGUGUACAUCUCGGACCAGGCGGCAACCAUCUUGCAUUGCCAACGGGAGGGGUUCACCGACGCUAAGUUUGUAGAGUUCCUGACCCCUCAGGAUGUCAGUGUGUUCUACAGCUUCACCACACCCUACCGCCUGCCCUCCUGGAGCAUGUGUCCUGGAACAGGUACCUAUCACCCUUCUACUCACGCAGACGUACAGUUGAAGUCGGAAGUUUACAUACACUUAGGUUGGAGUCAUUAAAACUUGUUUUUCAACCACUCCACAAAUUUCUUGUUAAACAAGGUUCAUCCUUGGGAGCAAUUUCCAAACGCCUGAAGGUACCACGUUCAUCUGUACAAACAAUGGUACGCAAGUAUAAACACCAUGGAACCACGCAGCCGUCAUACCACUCAGGAAGGAGAUGCGUUCUGUCUCCUAGAGAUGAACAUACUUUGGUGCAAAAAGUGCAAAUCAAUCCCAGAACAACAGCAAAGGACCCUGUGAAGAUGCUGGAGGAAACAGGUACAAAAGUAUCUAUAUCCACAGUAAAACAAGUCCUAUAUCGACAUAACCUGAAAGGCCGCUCAGCAAGGAAGAAGCCACUGCUCCAAAACCGCCAUAAAAAAGCAAGACUACGGUUUGCAACUGCACAUGGGGACAGAAAUCGUACUUUUUGGAGAAAUGUCCUCUGGUCUGAUGAAACAAAAAUAUAACUGUUUGGCGAUAAUGACCAUUGUUAUGUUUGGAGGAAAAAGGGGGUAGCUUUCAAGCCGAAGAACACCAUCCCAACCGUGAAGCACGGGGGUGGCAACAUCAUGCUGUGGGGGUGCUUUGCUGCAGGAGGGACUGGUGCACUUCACAAAAUAGAUGGCAUCAUGAGGAAGGAAAAUUAUGUGGAUAUAUUGAAGCAACAUCUCAAGACAUCAGUCAGGAAGUUAAAUCUUGAUCGCAAAUGGGUCUUCCAAAUGGACAAUGACCCCAAGCAUACUUCCAAAGUUGUGGCAAAAUGGCUUAAGGACAACAAAGUCAAGGUAUUGGGGUGGCCAUCACAAAGCCCUGACCUCAAUCCUAUAGAAAAUGUGUGGGCAGAACUGAAAAGGCGUGUGUGAGCAAGGAGACCUACAAACCUGACUCAUUUACACCAGCUCUGUCAGGAGGAAUGGGCCAAACUUCACCCAACUUAUUGUGGGAAGCUUGUGGAAGGCUACCCGAAACGUUUGACCCAAGUUAAACAAUUCAUGGCAAUGCUACCAAAUACUAAUUGAGUGUAUGUAAACUUCUGACCCACUGGGGAUGUGAUGAAAGAAAAAAAGCUGAAAUAAAUCAUUCUCUCUGCUGUUAUUCUGACAUUUCACAUUCUUAAAAUAAAAAUAAGUGGUGAUCCUAACUGACCUAAGACAGGGAAUUUUUACUAGGAUUAAAUGUCAGGAAUUGUGAAAAACUGAGUUGAAAUGUAUUUGGCUAAGGUGUAUGUAAACUUCCGACUUCAACUGUAUCUCUUCCCUUCUACGCACUCAACGAUACAAGCAGUUACUACAGUACACACGCAUACGCAUAAGGAAUCACAUCUACACUCAUAUCCUGUGGAUAUUGAUGAGCAGCAGGUAGGCUGUUUGAAAUACACUCAACUGGAUUCAUCUGGCUGAUUGGAUAUAUAUUCAUCCUCUCUCUCUCUCUCUCCUCUCUCUCUCUCUCUCUCUCUCUCUCUCUCUCUCUCUCUCUCUCUCUCUCUCUCUCUCUCUCUCUCUCUCUCUCUCUCUCUCUCAGAAUCGUCUUCCACAGAGUACAUGCUGGAAAAAUCCUUCUUCUGCCGCAUCAGGUGAGUGAGAUGUAGAUAGAACUAUGAUCGAUGGUUUCCUGCUCUAACAGUCUGACUCAGAGGAGGGGGGAGAGGGAGACAGACACGGGUGGGGGAAUUAGAGUGGUAUGGAGAGAGGAGGGAUGUGAAGGGGGGUGAGGGAGUCAGCUUUGGACUUUUAUCACCACCUAGUGGUCAGGGACUCUACUAAGGUGCUCUGUGUGAUGUAAAGAAGCAAUUUAGUGUUGAACAGGGGGAGGUAGCGUUGGUGUGUGUGUAUGUAUGUAUGUGUGUAUAUAUAUACAGUACCAGUCAAAAGUUUGGACACACCUACUCAUUCCAGGGUUUUUCUUUAUUUUUACUAUUUUCUACAUUGUAGAAUAAUAGUGAAACAUCAAAACUAUGAAAUAACACAUAAGGAAUCAUGUAGUAACCAAAAAAGUGUUCAACAAAUCAAAAUAUAUUUUAUAUUUGAGAUUCUUCAAAGUAGCCACCCUUUGCCUUGAUGACAGCUUUGCACACUCUUGGCAUUACCUCAACCAGCUUCAUGAGGUAGUCACCUGGAAUGACUUUCAAUUAACAGGUGUGCCUUGUUAAAAGUUAAUUUGUGGAAUUUCUUUCCUUCUUAAUGUAUUGAGCCAAUCAGUUGUGUUGUGACAAGGUAGGGUUGGUAUACAGAAGAUAUACCUAUUUGGUAAAAGACCAAGUCCAUAUUAUGGCAAGAACAGCUCAAAUAAGCAAAGUGAAAUGACAGUCCAUCAUUACUUUAAGACAUGAAGGUCAGUCAAUGCGGAAACAUUUCAAGAACUUUUAAAGUUUCUUCAAGUGCAGUCGCAAAAACCAUCAAGCGCUAUGAUAAAACUGGCUCUCAUGAGGACCGCCACAGGAAAGGAAGACCCAGAGUUACCUCUGCUGCAGAGGAUAAGUUCAUUAGAGUUACCAGCCUCAGAAAUUGCAGCCCAAAUAAAUGCUUCACAGAGUUCAAGUAACAGACACAUCUCAACAUCAACUGUUCAGAGGAGACUGCGUGAAUCAGGCCUUCAUGGUCGAAUUGCUGCAAAGAAACCACUACUAAAGGACACCAAUAAGAAGAAGAGACUUGCUUGGGCCAAGAAACACGAGCAAUGGACAUUAGACCAGUGGAAAUCUGUCCUUUGGUCUGAUGAGUCCAAAUUUGUGAGACGCAGAAUAGGUGAACGGAUGAUCUCUGCAUGUGUGGUUCCCACCGUGAAGCAUAGAGGAGGAAGUGUGAUGGUGUGGUGGUGCUUUGCUGGUGACACUGUCAGUGAUUUAUUUUGAUUUCAAGCCACACUUAGCAUGGUUACCACAGCAUUCUGCAGUGAUACGCCAUCCCAUCUGGUUUGCGCUUAGUGGGACUAUCAUUUGUUUUUCAGCAGGACAAUGACCUAACACACCUUCAGGCUGUGUAAGGGCUAUUUGACCAAGAAGGAGAGUGAUGGACCAAUUUGUAAGUCGCUCUGGAUAAGAGCGUCUGCUAAAUAACUUAAAUGUAAUGUAAAUGAUGGAGUGCUGCAUCAGAUGACCUGGCCUCCACAAUCACCCGACCUCAACCCAAUUGAGAUGGUUUGGGAUGAGUCGGACCGCAGAGUGAAGGAAAGUGGUCCUCUGUAGCUCAGCUGGUAGAGCACGGCACUUGUAACGCCAAGGUAGUGGGUUCGAUCCCCGGGACCACCCAUACACAAAAAUGUAUGCACGCAUGACUGUAAGUCGCUUUGGAUAAAAGCGUCUGCUAAAUGGCAUAUUAUUUAUUAUUAUUAAAAGCAGCCAACAAGUGCUCAGCAUAUGUGGGAACUCCUUCAAGACUGUCGGAAAAGCAUUCCAGGUGAAGCUGGUUAAGAGAGGAACAGUGAUAAACAGUCAUUCACAACACCCCAUCUGUUUGGGUGUGAGGCUGAUGUGCAUCUUCAACUUCUAGUGUCUCUGUUCUUGAUCUCUGUAAUAAUGUGUACGGAUGUUGUUUGUGAUCAUUUAACCGUAACAUCUGGUGUCUCCAUCAGGGCUGUUCCAUUAUUGGCGUACCACCCCCAGGACCUGAUCGGAACCCUUGUUCUGCUGCACCUUCACCCCAGUGACCGGCCACUCAUGCUGGCCACCCACCGCAAGAGUGAGACUCUCUUUGAUUCAGACCGAUCUGAUUGAUUGAUUAGGAUUACUUCCAAAACAGAUACACUAUAUAACUAAAGUAAGUCUAGACUCAAUGUGUGAAUGACCGAGCAGCACAUUUAAGAGGAGAAGGACUGGAGUCUAUUUAAAUAAGAGUUGAAAAUAAAUUGACCCAACCCUAUUAUGUAGCCAAAAACAUACAGAGGUAGAAAGCAUCCAAUUACACACUCCUACACCCGCUCUCUCUCUCUUUCUGUCUGUCUAUCUAACAGUUCUGCAGUACAUGGGCCAGCCUUUUGACCACUCUAUCCGGUUCUGUGCGCGGAACGGCGAGUAUGUCACUAUAGAUACCAGCUGGUCCAGCUUCGUCAAACCCUGGAGCCGCAAGGUCUCCUUUGUCACCGGCAGGCACAAAGUCUGCAUGUGAGUCACACACACACUCAAAUGGUCGGUAGUGACACAUAAAAAAUAUAUCAGGCCAGUGAGGCAUCACUGGAGUGUCAGUUAUGCAUCAGUGUUUAUGAAAUGUAAUUAGACAUUGUGUAUCUGAUGUUUCAGGGGUCCAGUAAAUGAAGACGUGUUUGCAGUUUCUGCCGUCACAGAGGGGAAUUUAAUGGACUCUGACAUCCAGGAGAUCCCUGAGCAGAUCCACAGGCUGCUGCUGCAGGUCAGCACACACAGACACAUACACACACACACACACACACACACCUUACAAUUCGCAUUAUUUCUCACAUGCCACUAUCCUCUGUGUGUUUCUAUAACAACACUUUUCCUCCUACAGCCGGUCCACAACAUGGGCUCCAGUGGUUAUGGUAGCCAUGGCAGCAACGGUUCCCACGAGCAGCUGCUGAGUGUGGGGUUGCCUAGCGAGACCAAUGGGAACGCCUUUGAGAACAGGAAUGUGGUUGAGGAGCCAGGCAAAUCCAAGCCGGUGAGUUGAUGCCACUCUCUGCAUUUCUUCCCUGGUUGUCUUCAGUAUUCUAAAUCAUUAUCUCAUCAUUUUCUUCGCUCGAUCACUUGCUCUGUCUCUCUUCCCCACUCACGCCAUCUCUCUAUCUGCAUGUAUGUGUCUUACAGAGGACAUUCCAGGAGAUCUGUAAAGGGGUACAUAUGUUGAAGAGUCAGGACCAGCAGGUCUACUCUCCCUACCCCUCUCCCUCCAAACCUGAAUCCAUGAAAACCACAGACAGUAAAUGGUGUGUGUUGGAAAAUAUUGACGUUUUUGAUCUUGUGUGUGUAUGUAUAUGCACAUGCCUGUGAGAGUGUGUGUUUGCUAACAGACGUGUGUCUUCAGCAGGAGCUCAGCAGCUGAAGAGUCUUGUGGUGUUUCUGAAGGACUCAGCGGUGCCCCCUCUGCUGGUCAAGGACAGUACUGCUACUGCUGCUGCCAGUGUGGAGGAGGUCACCUGUAGCGACCAGACUGUCUACUCCUACCAGCAGAUCAGCUGUCUGGACAGUGUCAUCAGGUAUCUGGAGAGCUGUAUCACCCCCGUCACGGUGAAGAAGUACCAGUUCUCCAACACCACAUCCUCUAACUCUGACGAGGACAAGAAGGACUCAGAGACCACUAUGUAGGUCUCACAAGGUGUAUAUACAAUAUCUCCAUCACACUCCCAAACAUCCCAUAGAAAUAAUCACUCUAAAGCUUGAUGUGUGAGCAUAACGAACAGCAGUGCCUUCUCCACCCUCUGUCCUCCAGAUCCAGGACUGUCUAUGAAGGCCCCUAAGAAGUCUCCCUCUGGCGCCGCCCCGGUGGUGGGAGGGCCCCUGGCCCUGCCCAGCAAGGUUGAGAGCGUGGUGUCAAUCACCAGCCUGUGUAGCUACAGCAGCACCAUCGUCCAUGUAGGAGACAAGAAACCCCAGCCAGAAUCUGGUGAGCAUACACACACACACACGCACACACACUGUGUUAUGGGGCGGCGCACAAUUGGCCCAGCGUCGUCCAGGGUAGGGGAGGGAAUGGCCGGCAGGGAUGUAGAGCAUGGCAUUUGCAACGCCAGGGUUGUGGGUUCGAUUCCCACGGGGGGCCAGUAUGAAAAAUAAAAAGAUAAUGUAAGUCGCUCUGGAUAAGAGCGUCUGCUAAAUGACUAAAAUGUAAUGUAAAUGUUAGGUUUCAUUCUAAUUGGCUGUUUCCUGUGAUUGUUAUCUCCAGAGAUUGCUGAGAGUCCCGCCCCCCCCAGCGCUGCCAGUCAGUGUGGUAUCUCUGCCCACCCAGGAGAAGGAGGCCUAUAAGAAGCUGGGGCUGACCAAGCAGGUGUUGGCAGUGCACACACACAAGGAGAAGCAAGCCUUCCUUACCCGCUGUAAGGAACUCUGCAAUGCCAGAACCUUCCAGAAAGACUGCUCCACCUACCUGCACAGACAGAGAGGUCUGACCAACACGCAGGGUAAGGAAAAUGCAUAGUUACAUACACACAGAAAUGUGGAAAUGUGGCUUUGGAAACAUCUGAGCUAGACGAUAAGACCCAUCUCAUAGAUGUUCUUGACUGACUGUGUUGUGUCUUCUCUCCUCAGAAGCCGCAGGUACCGGGGGCGUUGCUAAACAGAGCGCGGCCAGUCCCGAGGCCUCCCCCGCUGCAGCCAAGAAGGGCAGUGGUGCGUGUCGCCAGUCCGGCCCGGCCCGUUCCUGCCCCUCGCACCAAGCCAGUGGUGCGUGUUCCUAGUCAGGUCCGGCCCGUGCCUACUCCUCGCACCAGACCAGUGGUGCGUUUGUCCAGUCCGGCAUGGCCCGUGCCCAUUCCACCGGUGCCUGGUCCGGCACCGGUCAGCUGCUCCACUCCGGAGCCAGAGCAGUCCGCUCCACCGGUGCCUGAUCCAGUUCCGGUCAGCUGCGCCACUCCGGAGCCAGAGCAGUCCGCUCCACCGGGGUCCAGUCCAGCUCCGGUCAGCGGCUCCACUCCGGAGCCAGAGCAGUCCGCUCCACCGGUGCCUGAUCCAGCUCCGGUCAGCGGCUCCACUCCGGAGCCAGAGCAGUCCGCUCCACCGGUGCCCAGUCCAGCUCCGGUCAGCGGCUCCAGUCCAGACCAUGACGUCAGCCCUUCUCCAGGUUCGGGGUCUCCCACACCAGGGUCCAGACAGGGCCUGGCGUAUCGUGGGAGGAAGGAGAGGAGAAGCAGCGCACCGAGGUCCAGACCAGACCAGGGGUGCAACAGGGAGGCGGAGAGUAUGAGGUCGUCACGCCCGGAGCCGGAGCCGGACCCUGUUAAGUGAAGGUUGUGCGGUCGGAGUCCGCACCUUUGGGGGGGGGUACUGUCACGCCCUGACUCAGGGGACUCGUAUAUGUUGAAUCAGGGUGUGUAUAUCUUUGUUGUGUAUAUUCUAUGUUGUCGAUCUAGUAUGUGUGGAUCUAUGUUGGCCGGUGUGGUUCCCAAUCAGAGGCAGCUGUCGCUCAUUGUCUCUGAUUGGAGAUCAUACUUAGGCAGCCUAUUGGCACUAGUGUGUUGUGGGAUCUUGUUCCUGGUAAGUCCUUAGUUGUGUAUUCUACCUUAGGACUUCACGUUUCGUUUCGUUUAUUGUUUUGUCGUGUGUUUAUUAAGUUUAAUAAACAUGUACGUAUAUCACGCUGCGCCUUGGUCUGUCCCGUCAUUCAACGAACGUGACAGUCCCUCUCUCUGAUAUCUGACUAUAAGAUUAAAUGGACGGAGAGACCAACUCUAUGCACCAUUUUAGAGACCUCAAUCUAUUCUCAUAUUUUUGUGCAAAUAUAUGUGGCGACACUCCCUGUGAACCACCUGUAUGUAAUGCACAUAGAUCUGUAUAGGCUGUUACUGGGAGAUAUGAGCUGUUACGAAUGUUCAUAGCAAGUCUUACAAUGCACUAUACCACCUUUUGUGUAAUGCGUUAUGAUUAAGCAAUAAGUGCCUAGAUACAGCCCUUAGCCGUGGUAUAUUGGCAAUAUACCACAAACCCCUGAGGUGCCUUAUUGCUAUUAUAAACUGGUUACCAACGUAAUUAGAGCAGUACAAAUAAUGUAUUUGUCAUACCCGUGGUAUAAGGUCUGAUAUAUCAUGGCUUUCAGCCAAUCAGCAUUCAGGGCUCGAACCACCCAGUUUAUAAAUGCAUUUAAAGCAUUUGUGCAUUUAUGGAGCCUAUAACUUAGUGUUAUAGUAAGGCUUAUGUUGAAAGAAGGCACUGUAAAUGCAUUCAUACCAUAUUCACAGGUGGUUCACAGAAAGUGUUUAUUUUUUAUCUGUAAAUCCAUACACUGACUUGGUGCGAACACCUUACAAAUUAUUUGCAUUGGAGUUCUUGACACAAACCGGUGCGCCUGGCACCUACUACCAUACCACUUUAAAAGGUACUUUAAUAUUUUGUCUUGCCCGUUCACCCUCUGAAUGGCACAUAUAAGCAAUCCAUGUCUCGAGGCUUAAAAAUCCUUCUUUAACCUGUCUCCUCCCCUUCAUCUACACUGAUUGAAGUGGAAUUAACAAAUUACAUCAAUAAGUGAUCAUAGCUUUCACCUGGUCAAUCUAUGUCAUUGAAUGAGCAGGUGUUCUUUAUGUUUUGUACACUCAAUGUAUAUUUGUCACAUAGCCACUUUGAGAACCUGAUAUUUUAGCACAGUUCAUUGCAUUUUUGUAGGUGCAUUAAAAUGUUAAAAACGUAUCCCUUUCCCCCCAGUGUUAAUCUGGACAGGUAAGGGUUUGUUUUGUUGUGAUGGUGGUCCAUGGGGUUUUCACCCUACAUUUUACUUGAAUGGCUAUAAUAAUAUUUUAUGGCUGGAACCUGAUGAAGAAGGCAUAAACUCUGAUGGCAACAUCGUGUGACUAUUGUUCAAAAGCUGCAGGCAAUUUCGACUAUAGACCUAUUGGGAUAUUGGCCUCUGACUCAAAUCAGUGUAGUCUAUGGGAGGGUUAUCUGUUUAUGAGUGUUGUGCGAGUGAAAGCAUCAAACAGAGCGGGGAAAGCUCACAAGAAACUGUCAGAGCGGAUAAAGGGCUAGGCUGAGGCGUUCUGUUGUUAGAUCAGUGAUUGUUCUUCAGCGUCAAAGACAGUUGAGAGGAGAGACGCAUCCAAGGAUGGAAUGGGAGUCCCAGGGGAUCCGUUUCAGAGCCAUAUGCUCUCAUCCACGUUUGAAAUCCUCAUGCCAACUGGCACCGGCCACUAA